CUAAGCCAGAAAGCAUGAUAUAGAGUACGGCGACUUAUCAUUAGAGCGGAAAAGCGGAAAAACUAUUUAAAGUGUUGUGUAACUUUUUAAAACAGUGAAAAUAUCAGUUGGUAAAUUCAAGUUAUUUGCUCCCAAACAGCCAAAUAAAUGGUAAUACGCGAGGACUGUCCAAAGCACCGACAAAAAGCGAGGUCGCGACAUCGAAGAGGAGGACCAGCCAUUUUUCGUGGCAACAUACACGCCAGAACCAGAAUACGAAUCGCCGUCGCCCCAGGUUCGCCAGCAAUAGCUUCCACACCAAAAUGGGUAGCAACUCCAAGGCAGACCCCAUCUCGCUGACCUUCCACGACUCCUGCCUGCGGAUGUCCGACGUCCAGCUGCUCCACGGCCCCCACUGGCUGAACGACCAGAUCCUGAGCUUCUACUACGAGUACCUGGCGCACAUGAAGUACAAGACCAACGCGGAUCUGCACUUCAUUGCGCCGGAGAUUACGCAGUGCAUGAAGUACAUGGGCGACCAGGAGCUGAAGCAGCUCCUCGACCAGAGCAACACCACUGGCAAGCCCUUCAUCUUCUUCGCGCUGAACGACAACGAAACCACCGAUGCUGGUGGCAGCCACUGGUCACUGUUGGUCUUCUCGCGUCCGGAGAAGACCUUCUAUCACUUCGAUUCGUACGGGAACAACAACACGGGCAACUCCCUGGAGCUGAUGAACAAGAUCAAGGAGCUGCUUGGCGUCCGAAUGGCCAAAUUCCGGCCCAUGCGCUGCCUACAGCAGGCGAACGGCUACGACUGUGGCAUCCACGUCAUCUGCAUGACCGACCACAUCGCCGAUUACCUAAACCGAUACGAGGUGAUCGACGGACUGCCGUCGCUGCACAUCGACACCGUAAAGGCGAAGCGCACCGAGCUACUGAAACUCAUCCUGUCGCUGGGCGGCAAGGGCUAGAGGCUGUCGGGGAUUGCCCUUCCGAACCGCCCACAACCGAGUAGUUUUUAAGUGACCAAAUUACGAAUGUAACUCGUUACCGAAGGAAGAAAGGGGCAUCGGAAUUAGAUGUGUUAAUACGAUAUCCAUGAUAUCGCUAGUUGUAGUGGGUUUAGUUUUCCUCGCCGAAUGAAAAUGUUUAAAAAACAAAAGCAAUUGAGGUGGUGAGUCGGCAUAAUUCUAAGGUUGGUCUUUCAAAUAAAGAUUUGUUUAGACACAAAACGAGUUGGCUUCGAA